CUAGAUGUAUCGGUGAGCCUGUUGUCCCUGCUGGUGACCACCUGUGGUCUGGCUCUCUUCAGCGUCUCCCUCUUUGUCUCAUGGAAGAUAUGCUGGGUACCACUGAGCGGCCGCUUCCUCCCAGAUGUCCUCAAGGGAGCCCACUUCCUGGGGGGAGACCAACAGCCUGUCCUCACAGAGGUGGACGGGGACGAAAGGGAUUACAGCGAAGAUGGCUGUAUGAAGGAUUCUUUGGGGCCCCCCUCCAGUGUUGUUGCCCCGGAGUCUGGCCUGAAAAUUAGCCACACGUCGCCUGACAUACCAUUGGAGACUCAGGCCAAGCUGGAGAAAAACCAAGUCCACACUCUGGCCAGGGACCGGGUUCAGAGACAGAUUACUGAGCCUACUUCAUCUGUACGGCACAACUCCAUCCGUCGUCAGAUGAAUUUGUCCAAUCCGGACUUUAACCCUGCUCAGUUCCAGCGCCAAGAGUCACUGUCUGGUUUGGGCCGAAUCAAACCAGAACUCUACAAGCAGCGGUCGGUGGACGCAGAAGAUGGUCGUCCCACUGACAGCUGCGGGCGUCUUCUGUUCGUCCUGAAGUUUGACUUUGACCUGGAGCAGCUUAUUGUGAAGAUCCACAAGGCCCAUGAUCUUCCUGCAAAAGACUUCUCAGGGACAUCUGACCCUUACGUCAAGAUCUACCUUCUGCCUGACCGCAAAACCAAGCACCAGACUAAGGUGCACCGCAAGACACUCAACCCAGUGUUCGAUGAGGUGUUUCUCUUUCCGGUGGCGUACGCCGAGCUGUCGAGUCGUAAGUUGCACUUCAGCGUCUACGACUUUGACAGGUUCUCUCGCCAUGACUUGAUUGGACAAGUGGUGGUGGACAACUUCCUGGAUCUUGCUGACUUUCCAAGGGAGACAAAACUGUGCCGGGACAUACAAUACGUAACCUCG